AUGAGUUUGCACCACUCGUCCGAAUAUUUACCAAUGGAAAUGUCGCCGAGCUCCUCUUCGCAAGCCAUCAACGAUUCUCGACGCGGUUCUUCGUAUCGUGAUCGCGAGCAAAGAUCGACACGUAGUCGAAGUAUUUCGCCGAAUCGCAAUUAUAAAUCGACGCGAGUCUCAUCGAGACAAGGAUCGAGACGGGAUCGACAUUCACGUGAUGAAAUUUCGCCGCCAAUUGGAAAUUCGAGUAAAAUGAGGUAGAGAUUUUGUGGAAAAAGCAUAAUAAAACCCGCCCAUUUUCCCGAUAAAUGUACUUUUCGCCUAAGUACAAAUCAUUAUUUUUACGACUAUACUAAUCUGUAUAGUUGGACAUUGACUAAUGUUUUUUGAGCAAGUGAUUUAAAAUAUUGGGUUUUAAUGUUAUUCAUAGGGUAGAAUGGUCUAAGACGAACAGAAUGAUAUAAAUUUUGAUGAAUUUACCUUAUCCAUAAGUGAUUUAGCGAAAAAUAUCGACUAAACAUCGCUAAAUCACUUAUGGAUAAGGUAAGUUCAUCAAAAUUUAUACCAUUCUGUUCGUCUUAGACCAUUCUACCCUAUGAAUAACAUUAGAAACCAAUAUUUCAACUCAUUUGCGUAAAAAAACGUGAAAAUAUCAAUUUUUCAAUUUCAGACGCUCAAAUUCUCGCGAAAAUCGUCGAUAUCGCAGUAGUCGAGGCGGUGGAGAUCGUCGAAAAAGCAAAGAGCGAAAAACGCGUCGCGAAAAACGUUCACGAAGUCGCAGCCGGCAUAGAUCACCCAAAAGAAGCAAGAAAAGUCGAAGACGUCAUUCUUCGGAAUCCGAUUCGCCAGAUAUGUGAGUUUUUUCUUUUUUUUUGUUAGCUGAAAAACAUUAUUCUCGAAAAUCUCCAGGAUGUCAACAUCACUAAUCAAUGAAAUCAAGAAAACACAUGGUUCUGGCGUCGUCUCAUCAAAAAGUAAAAAGAAGAGCAAAAAGAAGGAAAAGACAUAG